AUGUUUAUUUAUUUAUUUUGUGUUGGUAGUGUUUUUGAAGGUGAACUCUCAGAUGUAAUUCCUGUAAUUCGAACAUCAGUUGCAGGCGUUAGAAUUGUUGGGAGACUGUGUGUUGGUGAGACCUUGUCUAUUGCUUCAAGUCUACUCUACUAACAUAGAAGAUUUUUUAAUUAUGGAAAUAACUAUAAACAUACCAUGUAGCUUCAUUUCAAGUGCUAAGACCAAAUUAUUCAUUGUCAUACAUCUACACUGUUAAGACUUGUUGAUGUAAAGUGCACUUGCCUUUUUCUUUGCAUAUUACUUCAGUGGAACCUCAAUUUAACACACCUCUAUGUAACAAAGUCCUCAGUAUAAUGAACAAUACUCUUCAGCCUGGCAAAAGUUACAGUAAAUUGUACGGGAAAUAACCUUGAUAUAAUGAACCUCUGUAUAACAAAAUCCUCAUUAUAACGAACAGAAUCUAGAGGCCCAAACUUCGAUAUACCGUGAUAUAAUGAACAAAUGUCAACACGUGGCAAAAGACAAAUGCAAGGAGACUGACAAGAAUCAAAAUCCAUCAAUUUCAUAAAAAUAAAACAACUUUACAGCUAAAAGUUCAUUGUAAAUGCAGACACUGAUAUUAUGGACACUUCUACAGAUCUGCUUUAUCCUUUUUGUCUCUUAUUAGUACUAUUUACCCUUUAACUCCCAUGAGUGACCAAGACAAUUUCUCCUUACAAUAUCAAUACAAUAUCAACCAGAUGAGUAAUGAGAAUUAAGAAAAAUAUCAAUUGGGAGAUAAUUAGUUGAUUUAAUACCAAAUUCUCUGAACUAACAUGAUAACAAUUGUAUGGUUGACAGAAAGGAGAAUUACAAAUUUGAUCUGGGAGUUAAAGGGUUAAGUUGAAUUUAACCUCUUUAUUUUUGACGGAAUUUCCAGUGCAAUGCCUUUAUUUCUCCAUUUGUGGCUUCCGCUGAAGUUUGUUGUCCAUUCUUUACAAACAAGGUGCUGUAGCUAUGUACAGACCUGUACUGUAUACUAUAGCUUCAUAUAGACCUGUGCAGUGUACUGUAGCUUCAUAUAGUUGUUAAAGCAGUAAUCAUUUCAGUCCCAAAAUGCUGGGUAGCAUGAUGUCACAUCAUAAAACAAAAAAAAAUUCAAAAAAAUUAUUAUUAACUGGCCCUCAAUAUAACAAACAUUUUGGUUGUUUUUCCUGCAAAUUUUUCGAAUUGAGGUUUUUGAUACAACAAACCAAUUUCCCUAAUCCCUUGGCACUUCGUUAAAUGGAGGUUUUACUGUAGUCUAAGACUUCUCUCGGCCUUCCUUUACUUCAUUUCUAUACACACACACAAGGUCUGGUUGUCAAAUAGAAAAAGAACUGUUAAACACAUGGAAUUUGUUAUAUUUCAGGUAACAGAAAUGGUCUUCUUGUACCAAAUACAACAACAGAUCAGGUAACUUUUAAAAACCUCUUUCUUUGUUAUUUCACUCUAACAAGCAUAAAUGAGAAAGAAAAUUCCAUGAUGGUGGCUUGUUGACUGACAACUUUCUGAAGAGGUAUUGACUCUACUUUACUUUAUAUGUUAGAAACCUUUUAUCUUUCUAGCACUGAGAAAGUAAGAUUCUUACAUUUAAUUUGAUACUUUACUUUUAACAACACAUUCAACUUUGAAUUAGUUAACACACAAAUAAAAGACCUUGUUAUAGGAAUGGUAUUUUUAUUUUUAUGGAUUUAUCACAUCUGGCAAGUGUCUAAACUGUUUAUUUUUUUCUCUGUGCUUUCAUAUAGGAACUUCAGCAUAUUCGAAAUGCCUUGCCUGAUUCAGUGAAGAUAACAAGAGUGGAGGAGAGACUUUCGGCAUUAGGAAAUGUAAUUGUCUGUAAUGACUAUGUUGCCCUUGUGCACCCUGAUUUAGACAGGGUAAGUCUUAUACAAUCAAUUAAGGUUGUAAACAAGCUAGCUCUUAUUCUUAAAAACUGUCUGGUUAGCUUAAACUUGUUUUACAAAAUGUGGAAGGGAGUUAGACUUAGAAGUGUGAACAAUAAGUCAUCAGCACAUCUACUUUCUUGUUGCAAAUAAACAGUUUUAAAAGGAACAACCAAACACUUUUGAAUAUUUCCCCCUCACAGACCACUCCUAUUUCUGCGUGACUUACCCACACCUGGAACAACAUAAACAAAGCUCUGUCCAUUCCACCUGGAAAAAGAAUGUUUAUAGGAAUGAUACAAGAUCAUAAUUUUUACUUUUCAGGAAACUGAGGAAAUUUUAGCAGAUACCCUGAAGGUGGAGGUCUUUCGUCAGACUGUGGCAGGGAAUGUUUUAGUUGGGAGCUAUUGUGCUCUUAGUAAUAAUGGUGGCCUAGUAAGUGUUGAAUUAUCAAACUCUGUUUUUCUUUUUACUGUUGCAGUCACUUUGUUAAACCAAAAAAAAAAUGCACUAUACACAUUAAUAUUCUUUUGUCAAUUUUAUGUUACAAGAGUUUCAAAAGAAGUGUCAGCCUAUGUAGAAAUGAUUAUUUCUUGGACAAGGCUGUUGAAAAUAAAGUGCUAUCCACCCCGUCAAAAUAAAUAUUCUGAUAUUUAUAAAUGUGAUCAUUGUAUGCUACAGGUGGAAGGGAAUUUAAACUUUUUUUGUAGGUCCAUCCAAGAACAGCUGUUGAAGAUCAAGAUGAGUUGUCAUCACUAUUACAAGUUCCUCUGGUGGUGAGUUCAUGCUUUAACUUACAUUUAUUUAAAAGUUCAACUGUAUCAAUGUUAGAAGCAAACUAUGAAAGACAGUUUGAUGCUCCAGACAUAUUAAGAUUGUGGUGAUAAUAUUCUUAAUGCCAAUAAAUGUGCAGAUGUGAAGAGACAAAGUUUUAUACUUUGUCCAAGGCAGUGUUUUGUUAUUCAUUGAUAGUGGUUGAAAUUUAUUUAGGCUGGGACAGUCAACAGAGGAAGUGAUGUCGUUGGAGCAGGAAUGGUUGUAAAUGACUGGGUUUCAUUUUGUGGACUGGACACUACAAGUACUGAACUGUCUGUGAUAGAAAGUGUAUUCAAGUUAGGAGAUGCUCAACCAUCAGCUAUUACCAGCAGUAUGAGAGCAUCACUGUUUGAGAGGUGGGUAAUUUAAUUGUAGGCCACUCAGAAACAAAAGAUGACAUUUGAAUUAGAGAAAAAAAUCUCAUGAUUUCUUUGGAAAAACUUUCGUGACCACAACACAAAUUUUUUAGGAGAGAGUCUUAUGUAAUGUAGACAAAGCAAAUUUUUUAGUGGGGAAGUUUUCUCCUUUGUAUAAACUAAGUUGAAUGAUGUGUUUUUGCAUUUUAUGUAGUGUAUGGUCUAACAUGUAAGGCUUACAAGUAAUAUUUUAUUUUACAGCAUGACAUAAACUGCAGGAAAAUUGAAGCAUAUUGAAGCACAUCAUAUUUGUACAACAACUUCCUCUCCAUGGAUAUGUUUAGUACAAGUUCCUAUUUAAUGACGCUAAUAAGUUUCCCGACUCUUGAACAUCAGCAUCAAGGUGGUGGUUCCUGAAGAGAUGUCGUGGUUGCCAUAGGAAUGUAUGUACUCCCCCCCCCCAGUACACACACGUACACACACACACUCACAAUGAUCACUGCACCAGUAAGCUCUCACAAGAAAGUAAACUCUCGCUCAGAGGGUGGAGAGAUAAAAGGGAAAGGAGUGUGACACAAGUCCUCUCCGUGAUCAAGUGAGAACAUAAUGCCAACUAUGAAGGAAGUGACUGUGUAAAUGAUGUAAUGUCAAACGUGCUAAUCACGAAGAAUGAAAUGACUAAUAUCUUAUGUCGGUAAUUAAUAUCGUAUCAGCCAUAUGUCUUGUCCUCUACGGAUAUUUUUUAAAAAAAUGUGAAAGCGCCAGUUUAAUAAAACAUAGUUGUAUAAUCAUGCCAUAUUUUUCGUCCAACAAGUCGCUUUGCGGCUCACUUUGAAGUAGCAUUCAGCCAGAAUGUUCGAGGCUCCUAUCCAAAUCCCGUCAAUGCCUGAAUUUUAUUUAGGAUUAUUUUUCUGUCAUUUCUUGAAAUGCCUUUCACUUGUAACUGUUGAUGCUUUUGAGUCUUUAAAACAGCUUUGUAAUAAUAAAAUACGAGGAAACGGCUUAUCAGUCUGUCUGUACCAUUCUUGUCAAGCAGUGAAUAUAAUUGCGUCAAAGAAAUUUUGAAAUUGUAAAAUGCGGUAGCUUUCUCUCAUUCUUACAUGAUCUGAUUAAGUACGCCAGUGUUUUACAUUCAUCUCAUUAGCUUGGUGUUAAUAAUUGUAUCAACAAUAGGUGUCCUGUUGGUGCAUGAAAUCGUAUGUUAGAUUUUUGUGUUUUUAAAUUUGAUAAAAGUCGAGCUACGUAACUCUAGGUAAUUUGAUUGAAUGUAAUGCGCUUGUUGAUACCGUGGAAUAAAGAGUGCC